AUGCCACCAAAAGCAAUGAAGAGUGCAAUGAAGGCGUCCCCCAAGGGUCAGGGCAGCCGUGUUGCCGAGCGCAAGCUGAAGGAGAAGCAGGCAGAGGUGGUCGCCAAAGAGAAGAGUCAGGUGCUGCAGAGUCACGCGGCGAGGCUGGCAACGAUGAAGUCCGAACUUGCACACUGGCUGGAGAGUCAUCCGAAGGCGUUUGAGUAUAUACACCGAGGGUGUUUCUUGGGGACGUUCGACUCCUUGGACGCACCAGAGUCAGCGUCAGGGUCAGAGUCCAGCGUGGCGAAGCUCCCAGCUUACCAGAACAAGUUCCGGUUGUUGAGCAAGGACAGUCCCAGUCCAGAGUUCAGCGUCAACAUGCUGGAGAAGCUCGUGCCGGGUGUCUUCAAGUUCCUCCAGAGAGAGAUGAAGAAGGGCAUCAGAGUGACAAAGGAUGAUGUGAACUCAAUCCUCUGCUUCAUCACGCACGCGCGCCCAGUGUCAGCAAUCCCAUCCAAGAGAAUUGACCACUUGACCGGGUGGAUUGAGGAGCGAUUCCGUGACCAUGGGUGCCGCUUGAAGGAUUGGAACUGCGAAGCGUCAACAACGCUGCAGGACCUGAAGAGUGACAUUGCCUUGGCGUACUGGACGCUCGUGAGAGGUGACACCAAGGAAGCUCCCAUGAAGCUGAGGUACAUGCAGACCAACAUUUACCUGCAAGUGCCACCUGAGAUCCCGCACGGCUCCAGCGUCAAGGAUCCCCAGGACUAUUUCACCGCCUUGGUCUGUGGCCUAACAAGCGUCAACGUCAUGAACAUCAUAGAGCAUGAGGCCAAUGUGAACGUGGAAGUGCCAGAGCCGCCCUAUCAUAGUCUUGAAGUUCAGGGACUUCGCAUGGAGACAGAGGAGCAGGAUCCAGAGAGUCUUGGUCAAAAGACCCCAUCGACGAAGUCACCCGCCAAGGCGAUCAAGCACGAGAAGGGUCAGAGUGCCGGAAGCUCCAAGGACAGCGCUGACCAGUUCAGGACACCCACGCCAAGGAAGCGCCGUCCCACCUCACCGCCCGAGGGCACUGGGUUGCAACCACAUCAGAUGGAAUCGAGUGUCAUUCCCUUGACAAGAGGAAGAGAGGCAAAGACAAGAGGCACCGCAGACGGGUUCCUGUCGGUCAGACCGGUCAGCCGCAGCCUGCAGCAAGCGGGUGAAGAAACGCCUUUGGUGCCCGUUGGUGCCCGUUGGUGGGGCCUUCUUUGGUCCUUGAAGAGUUGGUUUCAGACGAUCUUGUCUGACGCCGACAAGUUCGGCUUCUCACAUUGCAGUGGCAAGCGGGAGUACUACAAGGCACUGGGUUUUUCAGAAAACGCCACGGAUGUUCCAGGCCCAGAGGUCCUCUUCCUACGCAAGGUGGCUGGCGACGGACUGCUCUUCUUGUGGAACGAGGCUCAUCCAGAUGCCGUCGUUCAGCCAGGUGACAGAAUUUGCAAAGUCAAUGGCCAAACGACCGCGGAUGCCAUGGCUCAGGAGCUGCGGAUGAGCAAGGUUUGCAUAGAGGUCCUGCGAUACCCAGAGGAGUUUGAGGUGUCUCUUUCCAAGAAAGAAGAUGCCAGCAAGAAGUUGGGAUUCAAGUUUGAAAAGCCAAGCAAUGAAAAGGCCCGCGACCUCAAAAUCACGGAGGUGGGUCACGAAGGCUAUGUGCCUGACCGAAAUCAGCUCAUGGCCGCCGAGCAGAGGUUUCACUAUGUGGUCACCUUGGGCAUGCGCAUCAUCCGGGUGAACUCUGUUGAGGGCGAUGCGCACUCAAUGAAAGAGGAGUUGAAAAGCGCGCAAGACCUGACGAUCCGCGUCCGACGGGCAGAGGUCUAUGCGCUCCAGAAGGCGCGGAUGGUGAAGCAGGCACAGAUCUUGGCAUCUCUGUCCAACCUUUCGGCGACGAUGAGGAUGGGCAGCACCAACAACCUUUUAGGUGUUUAG